AGAAAAAGGGGCAAAAGCACAAGGGGUGGAAAGAUCCAAUAGAUAAACUACUGUAGACCACGAAUACGGGGCGAUGGUGAAAGACACCGAGUACUACGACCUUCUGGGCGUUUCGCCAGAAGCAUCUGAGCUUGAAAUUAAGAAAGGGUACAGAAAGGCGGCUCUCAAAUGGCAUCCAGACAAGAAUCCAGAUAAUCCAGAAGCAGAGAAGAAGUUCCAAGAGAUUGCAGAGGCAUACCAGGUCUUGAGUGAUCCACAAAAGAGAACCAUCUACGAUGAGGUUGGAAAGGAGGAGUUGAACCAGCAAGGAAAUGGAGCGUCCCAGGAUAUAGACCCUAAGGAAUUUUUCAGCAUGAUUUUCGGUGGUGAAGCGUCGAAGGACUACAUUGGAGAGUUGAACUUCAUCCAGAUGAUGUUUGAGGCAGAAGAGCAGGCUGAUGAGCAAGAGAAAGAGGGAAAUGAGGGUGCAGGUAACGGCGACGUCAAGGCCGAAAGCGGUGCUGGUGACAAAAGUAGUUCCACGCAUGUCACCCUGCACGAUGGAAGCAAGAAGACGUUUUCGGACUUGAAUGAGGAGAGUAAGACGGCGACUAAGGAGAAGCGGAAGCAGGGGAUUGAUGCAGAGACGGUCAGGAAGCAGAGAGAGGAGGAAGAGAAGAAGGUGAAGGAGUUGGCGGAGAAGUUGAAGGCCAAGAUGGACCCGUUGCUUGAGAGCGUGAAGGGCGGCCAUUUGGACAAGGAAGGUAAGGACUGGCAGAUUUUUGAGAAGAAGAUCAGCGACGAUAUCGAGGACUUGAAGCUCGAGUCUUUUGGCCUCGACAUUUGCCACUUGAUUGGAAAGAUCUACCUCUUCAAGGCCACGUCGUAUCUCAAGUCGAAGAAGCAGUUCACGGGAGGCUUCCACAAAAUCAGCUCGAACUUCAAACAGAGCAAGGACACUGUCCGCGGCAUGAUGGACAUGCUCUCGUCCGCCACAGAGGCACAGAACACCCUGGAGGCCAUGCAGCAGCUCGAAGGGGUCAGCCUGGAGGACAUGGACCCGUACAAGCGGGCGCAGUACGAGCAAGCGGUCACGGGUAAGUUUAUCUCCGUUGCGUGGGCCUCGUCCAAGUUUGAGAUCCAGCAGACCUUGUAUGGGGUGUGCAACAUGUUGCUGAACGACAAGGAGAUCAGCAGCGACAAGCGCAAGCUGCGUGCCGAAAUCCUCAUCGAGAUGGGCCGCAUGUUUGCCAUUGCCAAGCGGGAUGAGUCCGAGGAAGAGGACCAGCAGGUGUUCGAGCGGCUGAUGAAGGAGGCCAAUGAGAUGAAGGCCCACGACCUGAAGCGAGAGGCCCACAUGAAGGCCAGAAACGAGAUGAGAAGCGGCCUCGCCGAGGAGAAGGCUAAGCGCAGACUCAACCACGACAGCCACGACGCCAACCAGAGCAGCAGCGGUGCCGCCAACAGCACGACGUCCGGAGCGUACUCAUAUACCUACGGAAAGGGCGAUGGCAAGCCUGUGGACACCAAGCAAGAGGACAAGCCCUCCACAACGGCCGCAGCGACAUCCUCAUCCUCCAAAACGGCCACUGCUCCUGCUGCCACUGUUUCUACGGCCGCCUCUCCUCGAGCCAACUCCGACGGCGCCAAGUUCGGGUUUGGCUUUGGCCGCAAAAUCAAGAAGGUGUUCAACGUGUAGAACACCAGCCCUUCGUUAUGACCACCUUUCAAUUAGACUGUAUAUGAAGCAUUGUUAACACUAAUACUAAUUCUAAUACGACUUUUAACUUCUGGCUUUCCG